UUUGUAAUAAAAAUCAUAAUGUCUGAUGAUGACAUUGAUGAUCUUCUGUGCAGUGAUGAUGAUGAUGAUCUUGAAUCCCCUUGCCUUCCUCUCCCCUUGUCUUCUCAGCCCAACACAGUCGACACUCUUGAGCCCAAGGCCGAGAAUGAUCAAGAUCGUUCUCUUGCAGACACCAUUCAAGAGGGUGCAACCGAUAAUUGUAAAGAUGAAAACGUCCCUGAAGAGUUUCCUCCGAUGAAUAUGGAUUUAAAAGAUGAAAUGUUGAUGGACAUUGUAGACUUCAACAACGAGGACAAUGACAAUGAUGAAGAAGAACAAGAAGACCUUGCUGAUCAGGAAGUAGAGGCUAAGUUAACUUUGCCUGUCAAUUAUCCUCCGGUUAAAGAAGAGCUUCUCAACGUGUUUCAGAGUUCGAGUCUAGAUGCUGCUGUUCUUGAAGGGAAGAAUCAGAGCAGGAUGGUUCCUGUUCUACCAAACAAUGCCCUGGAAGGAAUCUCUGAACUGAGUGCUGCCGAAAUAGAGAAAAUUCGGUUAACCCUGGACGAGCGGGAACAUCAGGAGGGGGUUAAGGCGGGCCUGGGACACAAGAAGAAGGCUGCAGAUAGGAUGGGGCGGAUGAUGACCAGCACGGCAUAUAUUCCAUCCAAGGCGAAGACCCUGGCGGAGAAACGGCGGAAACUUCAAGAAGACAUGAUGAAGUAUGGCGUCGCUGCCAUAGAAAGACUAUACCCAAGACAACAGAAGGAUACCGCCAACUUAAAGAAACAGCUCAGACCAAAGAUGCCCCUAUUAAAAAUGAAGCAUAGUUCCAAUGAUCCCGAUUACGAGGAGGUUGAUGCAAGAUCAAUUAUCAAACCGUUCUCACAUGGAAAAUACAUACAGGAGCCGAGUGUGGAAACUGUUGUUUACAUCAACCGAAGAGAUGGAUUAGUUCCUCUCUCUACUCUCGCAUUAAAGGGGACCUCGAUCAAUGCACCUAGUUCAAGCAGUAGCCUAGUUUGUGGGAGGAAUCAUGCUCUAGGAAAACCAGCAUGUUAUAUCAGAGACUCCGAGAGACUGCUGGCUGUUGGAGGUUCAAGAACAUCUCUCAAAUCUGAUAUUAAAAUACUUACUGUACCUUCAUUUCUACCAGAGAGGAAAAGACUUGUUCCAUUCGAGAUUGACCAAGAGUUUGCAGAGUUUUCAGCAUCUGCGCAUUUCAGAGUCGGAAGCAGGGUUGAUAUACGGAGAUUAAAGAAGGAACAGACUUUACAGCAGAGGAACCUCAAGGACAAAAUCAUGGGUCAGAACAACCUGGUGGACAGGAUGAUGUGCAAACUGAAACUCAGGGACACCAUUGCUGAAAUUGAUGAGUCAGCGGAGGACAUUAAAGGAACUCUGGGCAAAGAUACCCUCUUGGAAGAGACUCAAGGGACUGAAGAGGGUAUUGAAGAUGAUGCUGAUAAUGACUCUGACGCGGAUUCGUCUGAUUCAGAUCCUUUGAAUGACUCAUUCCUUGAUCAAUCACAGGAUUCAGUGUUAGAUGUAGUGGAAAAGAAGGAUGAGAAAGGAGAUGAACCAGAUGUUAAAAUUGAGGAGACAAAAGAAAAGGAGUCUCUAGAUGAGAAAAGAGAAACAAUCGAAGAGAAGCUGAUGAAAGAUAUUAAAGAAGAGAAAGAUAAGCUCCACGAGAAAGAAGAAAAGAAAAUUCCUCCAAAAUUGGAAGAAAAGGAAGAUAUGAAGAAGAUUUUGGAAGAAAAGGAAGACAUGAAGAAGAUUUUGGAUGAAAAGAAGGAAAAGAAGAAAGAGAAGAAAGCGGUUCUCGUAAUCAAGAACUCCUGGAAAGAUCUUCCGGAUCAGGCAUUUCCGGCAACCCUCGAUAUGGAUGAGUGUCCUCCUUUGCGAGGAUAUUCCGAGGAAUCCAUCAAAUCAAAAGUUAAACCAUCAGCCAUAAAUUCAGAUGGAUUUACAGGUUGGGAUACUUGUGAUGUCCCCGCCUGCUAUUGCAAGUCUCUAAAAACACCUCCUGGGACAAGUCCAGGGGGGACACCGGGGACACUCUCUAACAGCGGGACAAAUACUCCUCAUAGGUUAAAAAAGACAAAGAAGAAGAUAGCGAAGGAUUUGCUAAGAGUGAGGCGAGCAUUAAAGACCUUAGGAGUGAAUAUUAUAGAAUAUGAUGAAACUGAGUCGGAUGAUGCAACAUGUACCAGGGACUACUGCAAGUUUGGUUGUGUUUGUGAAACAAUUAAAAUGAAACCUAUCCCACCAACACACUGUGGAAAGGUUGAAUGUAUGUUCCAAUGUUCGUGUAGUACGGAUGCCCUCAAGUUUUCUACCUGUGAGAGCAGAAGAGUAAAUAUAUCAGCUGCUGUCGGAGCUCGAAUACAGGAGGACACACAGAGGUUUAUGGCCGCCGAAGAGAAGAAGUUUAACAACACCGUCCUCCUGACCUCCGGCCGGGAAAGUGUUAUGCUCGGAGGCCGCGGAACUAAACGACAACGGAAAAUACCGCAAAGAUAUCAGAAUUCAACCCUUCUCCUAGACAAAGAGGAGAAGGAGUUUAGUCACAGGGAAACUAAGGAGUCGAGGGUGGAGCAAGAGCAAGAGGAAGAUGAGGAAGAGGAGGUAGUGGAGGAAGAGGAGGCGGAGGAGGAAGAAGAAACGGAUAUGGAGAGCAGUUUUAACAAGUUGAGGAACAACGUGGAUCUUAUCCCGUGCACAGUGGUCAUUCCAAAGAUUAUCCUUCCGAAGAACACAGAAGUAUGGUGUAUGUAUCAUUGCAGAUACACGUGUCCCUGUAGACUCUAUGAGAACCCUCUAGAUUAUGCCCCUGACGUGUCAAAAUCCAGAAAUAAAGCAAAGCGCAGCAUAGGAGGAAAAUUUAUCACCAAGAAAACUGUAUCUCCUGUUAAACCUAUUAUAUCAGAGGAGGAUUCGAGAUUCAUUGAUGAACUGAUACAAUCUGAUCAGGAUGAAGACUAUGGGGCAGAUGCAGGAGAGGAUGGAGAUGAGGUUCUUGUAAUAAAUGAGAAGAGUAGUAGGACUUCACCAUUAACUAAGGAGACCGCUAAUAACCUUUAUUCGGUUCCCCUCGGUCAUUCUUCCAGAACCAGUGGUUUAAUGGUGAAGCAGAAUGCUGGGAUGAAACUACCCUACAAACCUAAGUUCACACCGAGAUUUAAGGAGAUUUUAUCAUUCAACAAUUCUUCUGAAGUCAAGAAAAUGGGGGAACUGAACAGCAUUCUUAAAGAAGCUGAAACUGUGCCCGGUGACCCGGUUACACAGCUAAGUCUGAAGAUUGCCCCUAAACAGUCAAUACAGUACACGAGAUGGGAUGUAUUAAAGGAGAAGUUCUUAAAAAGAGAGAUUGAUAUAUUCUUCUAUGUCCGACCAGGGCGAGGAACCAAUCUUCUGUUUUUGUGUGAAAGCGGGCAGAAAAGCUAUAUAGCCUCUGCAAUAAACCUCAGAAGCCUGGAGGGUGCAUUGACCCAUAAACUACCUUCUCUUGUGGAAGAGUGCCUUAAACCUUUAAACAAGGCUGAUGAUAUGCAGUCCUAUGCUGUACUGGAGAGUAAUGGCUUAGUUUGGACUUUUCAAAGUCUUCUCUCUAGUAAGGAAAAGCCUAAGUCUGCGCAGAAACGACGACGUAGCCUGGUUGUUCCUCCUCCUCCUCCCAUGCCGAAGACCAACCCAUCUCAACCCUCAGGAAGAGCACCUACAAAGAUCGAUGUUCGUCACGUGAGCCUAAAGCUACCAAUGGGUCAACCUAUGGUGACCCUGGUUGACGGGGACAAGGCACUAAUGCAGGUGAAACUGCCGCAAACCGGUAUGAACCAGCACUGGACCUUGGUGAGUACAGGAACAGGAGGGGAUCCAACUAUACAAUGUCCAGAUUCUAAUCUUGUUCUCAAGUGUGCCAUCCUGCAACAGGCAUCUAAUCUUGCUUCUGCUACAAGUACCACUGUACGGAUACCUAUAUCUGCAGAUGCACAGGAUUCUGCCUUUGGAGUGUACGCAGUUCCAGGUCUGAAAUCCCAUGUGUUCGUUGGACCUUUUACAGUUAAGGUUCGGCAAGUUGGUCAGAUUCCUCAGCUUGUUGAAGAUGCUGCUGAAGACAAGAACGAUGAGGAUGUAGAGAUUCUUGAUCCAGAGACAGUGAAUUUGGCAGAGGAACUGAAAAGUGAGAAUAUUAAAACAGCAACAGCGGAAACAGUUCCUGUCUUUCCAGAGUAUAAGAACGGGAAGGUUAUCAGGAAACCAAUGAAAUCCGGGAAACAGGAGAAUGAAAAAAAGGAGGCUGUAUAUAAUAAAGUGGCGGAUGGUAUGGAGGUUGAAGAGAAUAAUACGGAGGCAGAAGUGGAGGCAAAAACUGUGUCGGAGGCUAAAGUGGAGGCAAAAACUGUGUCGGAGGCUAAAGUGGAGGCAAAAACUGUGUCGGAGGCUAAUGUGGAGGCAAAAACUGUGUCGGAGGCUAAAGUGGAGGCAAAGACUGUGUCGGAAGCAAAUACAGAAGAAGAGUAUACCAAAGGAACCAAAAUAACUUUAAGGUAUAAGGACGACGGUAAAGAGAAGAUCCACACUGGUCUCCUAGCAGAUUGUGGUAGAGUAACUCUCCCCUAUCCCCUACACCCUGAGUAUCAGGUAGUCUGUCCUUCCCUCCCGCGUACAUAUCUCUGGUUGAAAGAGUUCUACUCCUCUCCCAGAGCUAAACCCAACCCUGCUCCGCAACUCAAUCCUGAAUCCAUACCUGAGAAUGAGAAUCAGAAUUUGAAGGAAGAUAUUAAACUUCUGAAAGAAUCUUCUCCCUCCCAAUCUUCUAUUUCGAAGAUGACGGAGAAAAAGCUUGCUACACCAGAACUUCCAAUUGUUGUCAGGGUUCCAGGAAAAGAGGAGAAAAAGAAGGUUUAUGGAAUGUUGAUUCAGAGUAGACAAGAGAAGGAGGAGAGUAAACUCUUCUACGAUCUUGGCACCUUAACAUUUAGUAAAUUGUUCACCAAGAACACCACCAAAACCAUGAUCCUGAACCGGGCUAAGACUGAAUUAGAAAAUCUGAAUGAAGAAGGACGAGUUCUAGAAAAUUCUAAACAAGCACUUAUGAGAAGACGUGCUAAACUGUUUGAUGACUUUACAAAGAGCUUGGAUGGGUUACCCUUUGAUAAAAAGAAACUGGCAGUUUCUAACUUAAAGUAUCUCCUGAGCAAAAAGGAGGAGCCUGCUUCUGCUAGAAAGCAGAAACAAGAACCUAGUCAACCAUCCUUACCAACUAGUCAGGGAGCAGAGUGUUCCACUGUGUCUCCAGUCCGUCCUCAUCGUGCAUCUCCACCUACUCCAUAUACAGAUGUCACAGGAAUUAAAACUGUGAAAGCAGAUGGAACCAUUAUUAAGCCUAUGAAUGCUUUCACUAUUUGGGCCCGAGAGAAGAAAUCUGAAUAUAUAUCUCGGGGUGUUCAUGUUGAUCAACUAGGAUCAUAUCUACCCAAAACAUGGAUUCUGCUCAAUGAUAAGGCUAGACAUCGAUAUGUCAUGGAGGCAAAGCAUCUGAGAAUCCUUCACAAGAUUCAGCAUCCAGAGUUUUAUGCAUCAGAGGCAUCUGAAACUAGUAAUUCCGUCCAAUCUACAACUAUCAGCCCUUCAGUCCCACAAGAGUUACCUGGAAGGUCUCGUCCUGCUCCUGGGCUCAUCCCUCUGACAUCUUCACAAAAAGUUAACAUUUCACAUCACGAUACAAAGAAUAUCUCAGUAAUCAGCCAAGCUCAUAGAACAAGUCAGAUUUCUGUCCAAGCAUUACCAAAGCCCUCCACGUCCAAUCACAAUCUGGUAUCAGACACUCAGAGCAAUGUUUCGUCCAAUCAGAACCAGGGAUUUAUAGCACGAGGUAUCAAUGUACCCAAUCAGAGGAGAGUUUCAUUGCCUGAGAAAGCUCUGUCCCCAGUUGAGCAGGGUGGUACUCUAGACCUUUCUGAAAUUCCAUCUGAUGCUGCUGAUGUUCUAGGCUUAGCCCUUCUCUCGAGUGGGAUACAGGAGAUGGAAGAAGCCCCGACUGUUUCCCAUCAGGCCUGGGCCCAGCAACAGUAUUCCCAGCAGCAAUAUAUUCCAGCAAACCAGCAACAGUUCAUACAUACCGGGGAGCAGCAGCAGCACCAGUUUUUCCAUGCAGGAGAGCAGCAGCAAGUGGAACAAGAGCACUUUGUUGUUAUGUCUGAUACUGGUCAAAUAUAUAACAGGGGUGAUGAGGAAGUUGUACAUCUUGCUGAUGGUGGCGGGCAAUAUAUUAUGCAGGAUGGAGGCCAACAGUUAUUCCUAGGACAAAACAAUGCUGGUCUUUCUAGUCAAAUGCUGUCAUCGAACUACCAAGAGAACCAGGGGAGACGGGUUUACGUCCAGGAUUUGGAGGGUGUUCAGAGAGAGGUGUAUCUUGAGCAGGGCAGGGAGGAGGAAGAAGUGUAUCUCCAGGAGGGUGGGGAGACAGGAGAAGUGUACCUAGAGCAGGGAGGGGAGGAGGGGGAGGUGUUCCUGCAGCAAGGAGGAGAGGAGGGAGGAGUAUAUAUGGACCAGGAUCAACCAAUCUAUGUAGAUGAGUUGGGGAGACAGGUAGUCUUUCAACAGGAACAGGAGCAGGACCAAAGAUCUCAACCUCAGUACUAUAUGCAGAACGGAGAGCUCUUUCAGAUUAUUGAAGAAGAUGUCAUGCAAAUAGAUUAAUAAAUAGAUGUUUAAUGGCCACCGACAAAUCAAUAAUUGAUUGAUUAACUGUUCGAUUAAUGGCCACCAACUGAUAAUUUAAGUAAUGACAACUAACAGAUCAUUAGUUGAUUUAUUAAUGGCCACUAACAGAUCAGUAAUUUAUUGAUUUAAAAUGUAAAUUAUGUCACGUUUUUAUUUGCUUUAUCAGCUAUAAUGGCUUUAACUGAUAGAAAAUCAUUAUAUCAGCUAUAUGAAAAUCAUUAUAUCAGCUAUAUGAAAAUUUUUCUGAAAUAGUUGGAUUUUUCUAAUUUCUUGUUUCUACCUCAAAUCCUUAAAUGGAAAUAUAUGCUUAUUAUUAUA